CAGCGGACCACGUGGAAUUGUUUGUUCUUGCUGGCGCGUUUUCAACAAAUCUCUACCCUGUUCCCCUUUGCCGGUACCCGACUUUACGCUGCCUUCGUUUUUUCCCCUUGCAUGCUUCUUUCCCUUUUCUCUAUCUAGACGUUUUCUCUCUAGACUCCCAACGGCUGCCAUGCUGGCGUCUCCUUUGUAUCCUGCUCCUUCUCCUGCUUUUUCUCCUUCCCACUCGAAUGGAGACGAUCAGCUCUCAUGUAGACCUUCAAGAGAUUUAGAGGCCUUCAACAGCCUUCUGCCCCCACCAGUAGAGUUCAUCGAAGGAUCUUCUUCAGGGACUUUGGCUGUGGCCGAAGGCAAAUACGAGCCUAUAAAUGCCACGCCUACACGGAAGGCGUCUCCAGUGAAGGAGCAGCCCGUACUUUCCCAAUCUUCCCCUGUCCUUUCCCCCAAAGUCACCAAACGAUCAGCCGGCAGAGCAGACGUUGACGCCCAGUCCCUCUUCGCAGGCGAAGUCGACACAGCUUGGCCCCCCAAAUUUAAUAUCGGAUCCGGGCUGUUCAACAAUGGCAAUACAUGCUUCUUGAACAGCGUUCUACAAUGUCUCAUUCACACCCCGCCACUCCUUGCUGUUCUUUACGGUCACAAUGAAAGCUGUCGUGUCAAGAACGUCUUUUGUAUGGCUUGCAACCUGCGGUCGGUUUGCUUUCAGGCCUACUCCAACAAGUCGGCCUUCUCCCCGGGACUAAUUAGCACUAAGCUACAUCUUAUCGCCAAGCACCUGAAGCGAGGUCGACAAGAAGAUUCGCACGAAUUUCUUCGAUAUGCCAUAGAUGCUUUACAGAAGUCAUGUCUAUUCGGCUAUCCACCAAAACUCGAUCCCAAGGUUGCGGAGACAAGUUGGGUGCACAAAAUAUUCGGCGGCAAGCUGCGGUCUCGAGUGACAUGCCAAUCGUGCGGCCACAAUAGCGACACGUACGAUAGCAAUCUCGAUGUCAGCCUCGAUAUCCACAGAAUGAGCACGGUCAAAGAAGCUUUACACAAAUUCGUUGCCCCUGACUAUCUGAAGGGCGGCGACAAGUACAAGUGCGAAAGGUGCAAAAAAUACGUGAAUGCGGAGAAACGCUUUUCAAUACACAAAGCGCCUCUCGUUUGCACUAUCCACCUUAAACGCUUCUCGCCUAUGGGUAACAAAAUCGGUCACCAAGUGAAUUAUGACGAGCGCCUCAGCCUUGCCCCGUAUAUGAGCGAAGGAGAAUUCGGACCUCUCUACAGCCUAUAUGGUGUCAUUUGUCAUGCUGGGGGUGGUCCAAACUCCGGACACUACUAUGCCUUUGUGAAGAGCAGAUCGGGCGAUUGGUAUGAAAUGAACGACGAGUCUGUGACCCGUGUUCACCAGACACCUGUGCGGAAGAAUGCGUACAUUCUUUUCUAUAUGCGGACCAAGGGUGAAAGACUACAGGCGGCCCUCACGCCGCCUGUAGCCAACGGUGUACACCCGUUAAAGGGAAUCACUGUGGGCAUGAAGAAGCGAAGGGUUAGAGAGGACGAAGACGAGGAGGACACAGGUGUCAAGAUGUCGAAACCAUUUAUCGGACCGCUCUUACCGACAGAAUCCGACAAACCUGGUGGCCCUUCGGAUGCCAAACGCCAGAAGCUAAGCUCUACCAAUGAUCCACAAGCCGAUGCUGUGAAGAAGAAGAUUGAGUCGGCGCAGAAAACGUUGUCCAAUUUAGCACAGUACGCUAGCGACGACAGCGACGAAGAGGAGGCGAAAGAGAAGAAAGAUGACGAGGAGAAGGAUAAAACUGAAUCUCAAGAAACCUUAGGAUCCGCUUCUCCGCCCAAACCAUCUUCUCCACAAACCACAUCGUCCGCCCCGUCUCGGUCAACGUUCUCUUCACCCAUACCUCCAAAUCGAUUCUACAGUACCCCGAAUAACAAACAAAAAAGGCAUGGUCCAGGUUCCGGGAACUCCAGGGACCGUUGGCAGCAGUCCAAGCAGUAUAGCUUCAAUCCGUACAACAGAUUUCUGUCAGGGAAGAAGGGUAAAGGAAGACCUCGACCGUUAUGA